AUGUGUCUACAAAGCAUAGGUGAAUACUUACAUACCAUUAUUGCAGAAUCAACCAAUAUCAACAAAACAAAUCCAUUGAUCCUUAACAAUGUUUAUUUCCAAAAUCAUUUCUUAAACUGCCAUUACAUUGUUAAAAAUAAAUCUGUUAGCUAUACCAAAAUCAAAAAAUUGUUAUCAAAAAUUGUAAAUAUCACAAUUGACACCCCUACACCAAUCGACAUCAACUUACAUUGCCAAGUUUUGCAGCUAUGUUAUAGAUACUUAUUACUUAACAUUAGCCUUUACAAGUCUAAUCUUUUACUACCAUUAUGCAAAGAGGGAGAAAGAGAUUUUAUAAAUUACUACUAUCUUAACAAUAUCUACUGGUUUUACUUACAUCAAGUAGUAGGUUCUGCAAAUUUCUUAGACAUUCUAUUAAAUUAUUCUGUUUUUUUUUACCACAACGAUUCUGAAUUUAUACAAAUAUCAGGUAAUAAAUUCAACAAAAAAUAUCAUAAUACAAACAACACAAAUAGUAGCUCACCCUCAUAUGUUGUGUCCCCCAAUUUAUUCAUGUAUAAAUUAACUUCAACUCAUAAAGAUAAAAUUAGAUUUAUAAUCCCCGAAAAAACACCUUUAAGGUUAUUAAGAACCAUUUUAUCCAGUGACGCUAACUUGACCGAAGAACAUACCACUAAUGCCACAGGUGUUAAAAGUGGCAUAUUGGCCAGCGACAAAAUUUUAUCCAAGUGUAAAAAUUUGAAACACUUUUUAUCAAAAAUACAAAAACAACAUAAAUCUUUAAGGUACACGAGCAUUUUUAAUAACAUAUGUCCUAAAAGACAUUUGGAAAACACUACUGAUAACUUCAAUCAUUUAGCUAACCAAGUCCCAAUUAGAUCAGUAGAGAAGUUUAUUUUGGUAUUGAUAGAAAAAAUAUUCCCCAAGGGGUUUUUUGGUUCCAAUAAAAACAAAUCAGUAAUUUUCAAAAACAUCACACAUAUUCUAAGACUAAAAACCUCUGAUAAGAUUCCACUGCCAAAUAUACCUAGCAUGGAAAACAUCAAUAGCAUUCCCAGUAAUCAAUUUAUUUUCCAAAAAAUAAAAAUCAAUGAAUUUCCUUGGAUUUAUAAAUAUAAUGACAAAAACAACAACAAUCACCGUACUUUGACUGAUUUUCAAUUCAACAGAUUUUUGGCUUUAAAAUUUUUCAAGUGGUUUUAUUGCAAAUUUUUAACAAAUUUGAUAUCUACUUUUUUUUAUUGUUCUGAAGUCUCCUCCAAUUUGGAAGUUUUGUUUUUUAGACACGAUGUUUGGUUCAAUAUGGUUCGUCCAGUGAUUAACAAAUAUAUUAAAGAUUACCUUUUGCCCAAUAAUCUAUGUGCCCAUAAUAUAGAUGAGUCUAGGGAGCAUGAUUUCGAUCUUUUUCUACAUGGUAAUAUAAGGAUUUUGCCCAAAUCAAGCAAUAACGAAUAUAGAAUUCUUUGUGUGCCAUCUAGCAAGGGCCAGUCCUAUUGGGAUAAAAAAAAAUUAUUAGAUAAUUAUAUUAUACCCACAAGAACCAUUUUAAAACAGCUAAGGUACGCGAAACACAAUGAUAUGGAUGCUGCCGAUAAUAAAAACUCCACAAUCAUCCCUAUACUUUCUUCUCUUUAUCAAAUUGCACCAGUUAUCCGAAGGUUCAAAGAAACGUUGCUUAAUACAGGCAAUAACAAGUCGUUUGAUAAAUUGCACUUUUUAAAAUUUGAUAUUAAAUCAUGCUAUGACUCCAUUCCAAGGAAUAAAAUAUAUGAAGUUCUAGACGAUUUGUUAGAUGACAACUUACAAUAUCAUGUAAAGGAAAAUCAAAUUGCUCUACUACCAUUUAAAUUAUACGAAAAUUCAGAUUUCAAUCAAUCGCAAAUAGUUCAUAAAACAGAAUAUUAUAUAAAUGGUGCGAGUGACUAUGCCAGAACUAACACUAUGGUCAGCACCAACAACCGCAAUAACCUGAAAAUCAUAUUUCAACCCUCCAUUUCCGAUGAUUUAAAAAAAAGACACUUUUUCACUAAGGAGGAUAUAAUAUAUAUCGUGGAGAAAGAUGUUUUAGAAACUGCCAUGUCAAUUGGAAACAAAUGUUUUUUAAGGAAAUUAGGUAUAUACCAAGGUAGUUAUCUAUCAUCUACAGUAGUGGACUUGUUAUACAAUGAUUUGCUGAGCCAGUAUUCAGUUUUCAGAUCUGAAAAUUAUGAUCCUGGAACUAAUACGUUAGUUAUACGCUUUGCUGAUGAUUUUUUGGUCAUAACUAAUAACUUGAAGCAAAUAAAUGAUAUAGAAGAAUGUUGUAAAUCUGGAUUUGCCGAGUACAACGCGUUUGUAAACAAAGAUAAAUUGGAAAAAUCAGACCCAUUAUCACCGUUUAACUUUGUAUCAUUUUGUGGGUUGAAUAUUGAUGUAGAUAGACUAGAAAUACAUAAGCAAAUAGAAACCAUUAACACCGUUGAUUACAAAUAUCAAACGUCGGCUAAAAUUGUAUAUUCAAGAUUGCUCAACCUACUGCAAAUAAGAUUGGCAUAUAAACUAUUAGAUAUGAAGUUAAACAGCGAAGAAUCCAUUUUGCAAUAUAUUAUAACAUCCAUUAUAAACAUUUUAGAUUCCUUUACAGGAUAUUUUAAAAAAAAUGUUGAUCAAUUGCAUGUCAGUCAUUUAAAUUUGAUCCAACUAAUAGCAAAAUAUUUUGGAGAUUUCACGACAAGAUUGACAACAUUGUACUAUCUACAAUAA